AGGCCGAAGUAGCGAGAUGACAAGGAAGGGAACAGUCUCUUUCUUUCUUUCUUUCUUUCUUUCUUUCUUUCUUUCUUUCUAAUGUUUAGGCGGCUAUAGUAUCUUCUUCCCCAAUAUUAGAGCAGCAGUGAGUGAGGGUUAAUAAUCCAAGUAACACUUCGGGAGGGUUUGGGUUUUAUGGGGGGUGGAACGUUCGUGGACGGUGUUCUUCGCUGGUUUCACCAUCCCUCUCGUCGCUCUGCUUCUUCUAAAUCUAAUGCCCCACACUCUCAAUCCAAACUAUUAGAUAAUAGUACCAUUAUACUCGAUCUCAAGCUUAUCAGAGUUCCCAAACGCAUCUCUUUUCCCUCAACCUCCGCCGCCAUGGAUCAUAACAACAGCAAGAUGAUUUCUUCCGCCGCUUAGAAUCAACUGCACAAAGCACUUGUAGCUUGGAGCAGACUUCUUCACAGAAUAUGGGGAGGCAAGUAGGUACCAAGUUCAAGAAGUUAUAGGCAAAGGAAGUUAUGGCGUUGUGGCUUCUGCAGUUGAUACUCACACAGGAGAAAAAGUUGCAAUUAAGAAAAUAAAUGAUGUUUUCGAACAUGUCUCUGAUGCCACAAGGAUCCUUAGAGAAAUCAAACUCCUUCGCUUGCUCAAGCAUCCUGAUAUUGUAGAAAUUAGGCAUAUUAUGCUUCCUCCUUCUAGAAGGGAGUUUAAGGAUAUUUAUGUGGUUUUUGAGUUAAUGGAAUCGGACCUUCAUCAAGUUAUCAAGGCCAAUGAUGAUUUGACGCCUGAACAUCAUCAGUUUUUCUUGUACCAGCUUCUUCGUGGGCUGAAAUACAUUCACACUGCAAACGUGUUUCAUCGAGAUUUAAAACCAAAAAACAUUCUUGCUAAUUCUGACUGUAAAUUGAAGAUUUGUGAUUUUGGGCUUGCGCGGGUCUCAUUUAAUGAUGCACCAUCGACCAUAUUCUGGACGGAUUAUGUUGCAACUCGAUGGUAUCGUGCUCCUGAACUCUGUGGCUCAUUUUUCUCCAAAUAUACCCCUGGCGUCGAUAUCUGGAGCAUCGGAUGCAUAUUUGCGGAAAUGCUUUUGAGGAAACCAUUAUUUCCCGGAAAGAACGUGGUGCAUCAGCUGGAUCUCAUGACUGAUUUGCUUGGCACUCCUUCCUCCGAAUCUAUUACAAGGAUUCGUAAUGAAAAAGCCAGAAGGUAUCUUAGCAACAUGCGUAAGAAGCCUCCCGUUCCUUUUGCACACAAAUUUCCUAAUGUUGAUCCAUUGGCCCUUCGCCUACUUCAACGCCUACUAUCAUUUGAUCCAAAAGAUCGCCCAUCGGCCCAAGAGGCGCUAGCAGAUCCGUACUUUCAAGGGUUGGCCAAUGUGGAGCGAGAACCUUCAACUCAUGCCAUAUCAAAGCUUGAGUUUGAGUUUGAAAGGAGAAAAUUGGCAAAAGAUGAUGUUAGAGAGUUGAUCUAUCGAGAGAUUCUAGAGUAUCAUCCUCAGAUGCUUAAGGAGUAUUUACGUGGUGGAGAGCAAACUAGCUUUAUGUACCCUAGUGGUGUUGAGCGUUUUAAGAGACAAUUUGCACAUCUAGAGGAGCAUUAUGGUAAAGGCGAGAAAAGUAGUACCCCGCCGCUGCAUCGACAACAUGCCUCACUCCCUAGGGAAAGAGUUCCUGCACCGAAAGCGGAAACAACUGCAGCUAAAGAAAAUGAUAUCGAAAAGGAGACGGUGGCUGCAGGCCAUAAAGGAAACACGGUUAAACAAGAUGGACUGACCAGUGCUCAUAACUAUUUAAAGAGUUCCACUAUUAAUGCCUCCAAAUGUGUAGGUAGCCAAGGAACAAGAGAUCCCACGGAAGAAGGUAAAGUUGCGCAGCAAGAGGAGGUUGAUGAGUUAACCCAAAAAGUUGCAGGUCUAAAAGGUUAACUGUGAGGAUGAAGUCGUCUUCUUGGUGUAGUUUAAAACUGGUAGUUUGUAAACCUGGCCCGAGUUCUUGUCUUGGUUCCUGGUUUAAUAUUUCAAUGGUUUUCCGGUUCAGAAUCUGAAACCAACCGCAGUCCGAGCCAUAAGUAAGUGAUACUGACACCAUGCCGCUGCCUAAUGAACCGACAAAGAAACCUAAUCUGUAAUCAUCUGUUUUAAAAUCAUUCUCGCAGUUAAUCGAUGUACAAUAAAAAUGACAGCAAAAAUGUUAUUUAGAUACAAUUUCAAUAGCAAUAGCGAAAUUACAAAUUGGUUGCA